GUGCGAAGUAGCAGCGCAGGCACAUUUGGAAAAUUAAGCCGAUAAGCAAGAUAGAAUUUGGGAAAGCAAUCGGAGCACCCUUUAGCCCGGUUGACAAUCAGCUGACUUUGACAUACAAAUUUUAGAUUGAUAAACAAGUCUUGCGGCGGUAUACUUUUUAUAAAUCGCAAAUUACCACUAAAAUGACGAGAUUAGAGAAUGACGGAAAAUCGGAUGUUAAAUCUGUGAAAUCGGAUAAGGAGCGGUCCAACAAACGCUCCCACAAGAAAGAAAAACAGAAGCCUCAAACAAAAGUUGUUAUUCGACAUUUGCCACCAACUAUGACUGAAGAAGAUUUUCUUAAACAGACAGAUCCUUUGCCACCACACGACUUUUAUUAUUUCGCUGCAGCUGAUUGGUCUCUAGGAUAUGACGCCACUUGCCGAGCCUAUAUAACUAUGAAAAACUACGAUGACGUAUUUCUCUUUAGGGAUCGUUUCGAUGGCUAUGUUUUUGUCGACACCAAAGGCGCUGAGUAUCCCGCUAUUGUCGAAUUUGCUCCGUUUCAGGGACUAGUUAAAAAUAAAUCGCGUCGCGUUGACAAUAAAGUGAACACUAUUGAACAAGAACCACACUAUCAGCAGUUUCUUGCCAAGUUGGAGGAAGAUCGGGAGGCUGCUAAAGGUGGAGAGUGCAAACUGGAAUUUAGUUUAGACCGGAAGAAAGAAGAAAAAAUAACUUCCACACCGUUGCUACAGUAUCUGGCUAAUAAAAAGGAAAAGCGUAGAGAAGAGGCCAAACGCCGCCAAGAAGAAAAACGUCGACAACGUGAAGAAGAUAAAGAGAAACGAAAACAGGCACAAUCCCAACAGCAAGUGACGAAAAUAAUAUCUAAUACUGAAGGAGGCGCUAAAGGUGGCAACAAGUCAGCAAGUGGUAAGGAAAAUAUUGUGGGUGAUAAAAGUAACCAACAACAGCAGCCAGAAGAAGGCAAGAGUUCGCGGUCUCAGCGGCGCGCUGAACGCAAUCAAAGGAGACGUGAAGAAUUUGUGCGAAGGCGGCAGGAAGGAGAGCAGCGUGAAAAAGCUACUGAUGGAAAGACAAAAACGGAAAACGAAGUUGAACCGAGCACUGGCAGCGAAAAUAAACUAAAAGAACAGACACAGCAGGCAAACAAGUCCGACGAUGGCAAGCAAGCUUCUCGAAAGGAAGGUGGAAAACGAUAUAGUGAACGUCGUGAACGCGAUAGAAACCGUAACCGCAAGGAAAAAGAAAAGGAAAAAACAAAGGAUACCAAAGCCGAUGACGAAGAAGUGAAAGCCGAAGGUAAAUCUCCAGAGGCUAUUAAGGCAGCGGCAGCUGCAGCGGCCGGCGGAGAAGCCAUCGUCAGUGAGUCUGUAAUGAAUUUUAUAAGAAGCGUGGCUACGGCCAAGGAGUUUGUGCCCAAGCAUAAACAACAAGAAAAAGAAGGACUACAAAAUAAGUCUUCAGAUGAAGCCGUGGCGCAGACUACCGAUGAAAUGGUUGCUGAUGCAAAAACAUCAGUGGAGGAGCAGAAGAAAAGUGAUUUGAAUUUGGAAGAUGAUUUGCGUGCUCAAAAACAACGCACAGCAGAGGAACAGCGUCGCAUAAGGAAUAAGGAUCGACCUUCGAUUGCUAUCUAUCAACCAAAAGCACGAUUGCGUAUUUCAGAAGAACGCGAUCCGAGUGGUUCUCGAGCACAGGGCAGCGGUAAAAGCGAGACUCGCAGUAACCCUACUUCAGAUUGCGAGAGUGUUAAAAAGGAAGAAACACGGGGCAAAAAAGUUUCGCGUUACUCAGAGCGCCGAGCGGAGAGACGAAAUAAUAAAGAUAAACAAAAGAAUUUUGUAGAUCCCAUAGAGUCAGAACAGAAAAUAGAUGCAGUGGAACAACAGAAUCCCGAUGGAGGCGAAGGUUCGCAACGUAAUAUUAGUAAUACAGAGGAAAAAGAGCCACGCAAAUCUUCUGAGUAAUACAUUUCUGAAAAAUCAAUAAAAUAUAAUAAAACUAGAAAAUUCGA